AUGGAGGAUCAACAACAAGUUGAUUCUACACCAGGUGCAAAUUCACCACCAGCUAAUACAAAUACAAUAAAUGAAACUGUAUUAGAAGAGACAAUCAAAUAUCUCUUAAAAAUUUGUCCAACUUUAUUAGAUGGCGAUUCAAAUACUUUUCAAAAUAAUCUUAUUCAUCAAAUCCCACCAGAAAAUAUGAAUAAAUUGAAGAAAUUUAUUUCAGAUUCAAAGAUUCCAGUAUUACUUAUUCAAAAAACCGUUUCAUCAGAUGAACAACCAAAUCCAUCACAACCACAACAAACUUCACAACCACAACAAUCAAAAGAAUCAUUUAGUUUUGAAAUUGAAGUAAAGUUUAAUGGUGAAAAUAAAUCAACAUUAGCCCUCGUUAAAAGAAAUCCAGAGACUGUUAUCGAAUUUAGUAAUAAUAAAUCUAUUGCAUCACAAUUACAAGUAUUAAAUUUAGGAGAAGGUUCACCAUUUGAUACACUUCACAAUAUUAUUCAUAGUUCAGUAGCUCCAUAUGUUAGAUCCUAUAUUUUAUCAUCAUCAAAGGACGAACAAACAACCAGCGGUUCAUCAAAUUCAUCAUUAUCAAACAUGGAUAAAGAAUUAAAAUUAUCUAUUGGUGCAGUUAAUCAAAAGAUUGCUGAAUUGGAAAUUUCCUUAUACAAUUGUAAACAACAAGUUCAAAUUCCAGAGGUUGUUUUAGUCAUCAAUCCAGAGGUUAGAGCUAUUUCAAAAAAAGUAAAAGAAACUCAAAACAGAGCCAUCAAAGUCGAUGAUCUUGGUGAAAAAGCUCAAUUACCAGAGUUUUUAAAUGUUUUACAAGCCGGUACUACUAUUUGGGCAAGAAACAUUCAAAAUGUCACCAAACAUAAUUUAAUCGAAAAUCUCCCAGGUGAUGUCACUACAAGCCAAGAAAUUAAUUUCUGGAUUGAAUUAGAAACCUCUCUUUCCAAUAUUUCAGAGCAAUUAAAGAGUCCAGAAGUCGAAGUCACUUUAUCCACUUUGAAACAAGCCAAACGUUUCAUUGCUAGUGCUCCAUUCGAAACUGAUACCAUUGGUAUUCGUAAAGCCAUGGAAAAAGUUCAAACCUACAAGAUUCUUUUCAAAGAUUUCCCAAUCACUCCAUUAUUAACUUCGACCGACCUCGAAUCUGUUUCAACCAGCAUCGCUUCAAUCUUUUCACACUUAAAGAAAACUAAAAAUCCAUAUUACCCAAUUCCACGUUAUCUUUCAUUGCUCGAAGCUAUUGGUCGUGAUAUGUGUAACAAAGUUUACCAAAUUCUCCGUCAAAAGAAUCUUAUGAAUAUCGAUUACAGCGACUUUGAACAUCUUUCACGUGCUGUCAAAGCUUUAUUUACUUUAUGGGAUGACCAAUUCUCUAUCUUUAGAGAUAUUCUUCGUGAUUUAGCAAAGAAGAAAGGACAAGAUCGUACACCAUUAAUUGUCAACAUUGAUACUAAAAUUCAAUUAGUCAUCAUCAAAAUUGGUAAAUUCAGAAAACAACACGAAGACUUAAAGAAUGUUGUUUCAAAUGUUUUACCACAAUCAAUGUCAGUAAAUCCAGCUACUGGUUCACCAUCAAAUAAAACUUCAGAAAUCAAUGCAGUUGAAGAGAUUAACCAAGCUUACUCUGAAUUUAAAGAAAUCGAUGUUCUUCAAUUAUCAAAAGAGGGUGAAGAAAUUUGGGAUGCUGCUGUCAAACGUUAUAACGCUCGUACCGAUAGAGUUGAAACUUAUAUUACUGUUAGAUUACGUGAUCGUUUAGCAACUGCCAAAAAUGCAAAUGAAAUGUUUAGAGUUUAUCAAAAAUUCAAAGAUUUAUUAAAAAGACCAAAGGUUUGUUUAAUUGAUAUUAAUAAUUCAUCAAUUAUUAUUAGAGGUGCAACUCACGAAUAUGAAUCACAAUUAAUUGAACGUGUUAAAGAAGAUAUUAGAGUUUUACAUGAAAAAUUCAAAAUGCAAUAUAAUAACUCCGAAGCUUAUUAUAUGAGUCAGUUAAGAGAUUUACCACCAGUUUCAGGUGCAAUCAUUUGGGCAAGACAAAUCGAAAGACAAUUGGAUACCUAUAUGAAACGUGUAGCUAAUGUAUUAGGUGACAGUUGGGAAAGUGAUGCUGAAGGUCAAAAAUUAAAAGCUGAAUCAGAUCAAUUUAGACAUAAAUUAAAUACAGACCAUAUUUUCCAAAAAUGGGCUGAAGAAACUGAAAAGCGUUCAUUCGAUAUUAGUGGUCGUAUUUUAGCUAUUGUAAAGAAAGGUAACAAAUUGGCAUUAGAUAUCAAUUUCGAUAGUCACAUUAUCAUGUUAUUCAAAGAGGUUAGAAAUCUUCAAUGGUUAGGUUUCCGUGUUCCAUUAAAAAUCACUUUUAUUUCACAAGGUGCCAAACAAGUAUAUCCAUUCGCUGUAUCACUCAAAGAAACCCUCCGUACUUUUUCACAAACCUCAGGUAAGAUUACACCAGAGUUUUCAACAUUGGUUGCUAGUUAUAAACGUGAUGUUCAAGGUCAUCUUAACGAAGGUUUCCGUUUGAAAUGGGAAGCAAUUCCAAAAGUUGACCCAUACGUUCGUAAGCUUUCAACUUCAGUAAACAAUUUCCGUGAUAAGGUUGAUGAUCUUAUCGUCAAAUAUGAUGAAAUCAAAAAACAAAUGGAUCAACUUAAAAACUGUCCAUUCAAACCAGAAGCCUUUAAUGAAAUCAUUGCAAAUAUUCAAAAGGUUGUUGAUGAACUCAAUUUAGCAAACUAUUCAAAUCUUCCACAAUGGGUUGCUCAAUUAGAUACUGGUGUUGAAUCAAUGUUAAUUGAAAGAUUAAUUGAUGCUAUCAACUCAUGGGUUCACUUAAUCGAAGGUAAAGAGGAUCAAAAAGAUUCAGAAUCACACGGUAGAAUGGCCUAUGGUUCAAGAAAUAGAGAAAAAGCUAACGAUGCCGAUGCUACCGCUGCUUCAGUUGCUGCUAACCCAUCUCAAAUCAAACCAACCCUCAAAAAAUCAGUACAUGAAGUUGUUAUUAGAAAUCAAACUCUUAAUUUAGAUCCACCACUUGAAUAUGCUCGUGCUGAUUGGAUCGGUCAAUUACAUUCAUGGUUAAAUAUCGUAUGUGAUCUCCCAAGAAUUCAAGCAUCACGUUAUGAUGAUUCCGCUAUGAUCCAUCGUGGUGAAGGCAAUAAAAAACAAUCAACCUUCCGUGAUAUGUUACCAAAACUCCCAGCUGGUUCAUUAGAAAAAGCUUACUCUGCUAUCUCCAACAAGUUAGACCAAGUUGGUGAAUAUGUUCAAAUAUGGCUCCAAUAUCAAUCACUUUGGGAUAUGGAUUCUUCUUUCGUUUAUUCUAAAUUAGGUGAUGAUUUAAACAAAUGGCAAUUACUUUUAAAUCAAAUUAAGAAAUCAAGAAAUACCUUUGACACUACUCUAACUGAAAAACAAUUUGGUCCACUUACCAUCGACUACGAGCAAGUUCAAGAAUCAGUCAGAAACAAAUACGACUUUUGGCACAAGGAUAUUCUUUCACACUUUGCCUCUAAGGUAUCAGAAAAAAUGCGUCAAUUCUUUGAAACUAUUAAAUCAUCACGUGCAGAAUUAGAAAAACUUACAGUCGAAACCGUUUCAACUGAAGAAGCUGUAUUCUUUGUUAUUCAAAUUCAAGAUAUUAAAAAGAAAAUGUCUGUAUGGGAAGGUGAUUUACGUUACUAUCGUUCGGGUCAAGAUUUAUUACAACGUCAACGUUUCCAAUUCCCAUCCGAUUGGUUAGAUUGCGAUAUGAUCGAAGCAGAGUGGGGCGCCCUUACCGAUAUUCUCAAUCGUAGAAAUAACCAAAUUUCAGAAGCCAUUCCACAAUUACAACAAAAAGUCCUCGAAGAAAGCAAGUUAAUCAACGAACGUAUUAAAUUAUUUGUUGAUGAUUGGAAUACUAAUAAACCAGUUGGUGGUAAUGUUAAACAUUCAGUUGCAUUAGAAUCAAUUAAAAUCUAUGAAGGUCGUUUAACUCGUCUUCGUGAAGAAAGUGAUCGUUUAUCCAAAGCUAAAUCGGCCUUAGAUUUAGAUUCUCAAGGCCAAUCAGAUCAAGAUCGUCUUGUUCCAGUCGAAGAAGAAAUUCAAGAUCUCAAACAAGUUUGGGCUGAAAUUUCAACUGCUUGGGUCGAAAUUGAUGUAUUGAAAGAAACUGCAUGGUCCGCUAUUAUUCCAAGAAAGGUUAGAAAAACUCUUGAAGAUACUCUCAAUAAAUUGAAGAAUCUUCCAAAUCGUAUCCGUACCUAUAGUGCUUUUGAAAAUGCUCAAGCUUUAAUCAAAGUUUACCUCAAAGGUAAUGCCAUUAUCACUGAUCUCCACAGUGAAGCCAUCAAAGACCGUCAUUGGAAGGUAUUAAAGAAACGUUUAAAUACCAAUUGGAUCUUAACAGAAUUAACUUUAGGUCAAAUUUGGGAUUCUGAUUUAGGUAGAAAUGAAAAUAUUUAUCGUGAAGUCAUUACAACAGCUCAAGGUGAAAUUGCUCUCGAAGAGUUCCUUAAACAAGUCAAAGAUUAUUGGACUACUUUAGAAUUAGAUUUAGUCAAUUAUCAAAGAAAAUGCAAAUUGGUUCGUGGUUGGGAUGAUCUUUUCAGUAAAUUAGCAGAACACUUAAAUUCAAUCGCCGCUAUGAAAAUGUCGCCAUACUACAAAACAUUCGAAGAGGAAGCUAAAACAUGGGAUGACAAAUUGAAUCGUAUUCGUUCACUUUUAGAUGUUUGGAUCGAUGUACAAAGACGUUGGGUCUAUUUAGAAGGUAUUUUCAGUGGUAGUGGUGAUAUUAACCAAUUAUUGCCAACUGAAUCCACUCGUUUCAAGAGUAUCAAUAGUGAAUUUAUUGCUAUUCUCAAAAAGGUUUUAGAAAUUGAACGUAUUCAAAAUACUAUGGAACGUCUCUCUGAUCUCCUUGGUAAAGUUCAAAAGGCAUUAGGUGAAUACUUAGAAAGACAAAGAUCUGCUUUUGCUCGUUUCUAUUUCGUUGGUGAUGAAGAUCUUUUAGAAAUUAUUGGUAACAGUAAAGAUAUUAUCAAGAUCCAAAAACACUUUAGAAAAAUGUUUGCUGGUCUUUCAAAUGUAACCUUAGACGACGAAAAGACCACUAUUCUUGGUAUGUCCUCAGCCGAAGGUGAAAUGGUUACUUUCAAGAAACCAAUAUCUAUCGCCAAUGCUCCAAAGAUCCACGAAUGGUUAACAAUGGUCGAAACUGAAAUGAAGAGUACUUUAGCUAUCCUUUUAGGUGAAUCAUUACAACACUAUCAACAAAUGACACCAGGUGAUCAUUCUAAAUAUGCCGAAUGGGUCGAUCUUUUCCCAACUCAAUUAGUUUUAUUAACAUCACAAAUUGUUUGGUCCACUAACGUCGAUCAAGCUCUUUCAGGUGCCAAGAUCUCCGAAUCCUUACAAAAUAUCGAACAAUCCACUCAAACAAUUUUAAAUAAUUUAGCCGAUAAUGUUUUACAAGAUUUAACUGCUCAAAAGAGAAAGAAAUUCGAACAUUUAAUCACCGAAUUAGUACACCAAAGAGAUGUUUGCAGACAAUUGCUCAAGACCAAGAUUAGCAGCAACAAAGAUUUCGAUUGGUUAUACCACAUGCGUUACUAUUACGAUAAUACUCAAGAAAAUCCAUUACAUAAAUUAAAUAUUCAUAUGGCCAACGCUCAAUUCUAUUAUGGUUUCGAAUAUUUAGGUAUUGGUGAACGUUUAGUCCAAACUCCAUUAACUGAUCGUUGUUAUUUAACUCUUACACAAGCUUUAGAAUCAAGAAUGGGUGGUAAUCCAUUUGGUCCAGCCGGUACCGGUAAAACUGAAACUGUUAAAGCUCUUGGUAAUCAAUUAGGUCGUUUCGUAUUAGUUUUCUGUUGCGAUGAAGGUUUUGAUCUUCAAGCUAUGAGUCGUAUUUUUGUUGGUCUUUGUCAAUGUGGUGCUUGGGGUUGUUUCGAUGAAUUCAAUCGUUUAGAAGAAAGAAUUUUAUCUGCAGUAUCACAACAAAUUCAAACCAUUCAAGUUGCCCUCAAAGAAAAAGCUAAAGAAGUUGAACUUUUAGGUAAAAAUGUUUUAAUUCACCAAGAUAUGGGUAUCUUUGUCACUAUGAAUCCAGGUUACGCUGGUCGUUCUAAUUUACCAGAUAAUUUGAAGAAAUUAUUCCGUUCUAUGGCUAUGAUUCGUCCAGAUCGUGAAAUGAUUGCUCAAGUUAUGCUUUAUUCACAAGGUUUCAAGACUGCUGAGGUUUUAGCAGGUAAGAUUGUUCCACUCUUUAAAUUAUGCUCAGAACAAUUAAGCGCUCAAUCUCAUUACGAUUUUGGUCUUCGUGCUCUUAAAUCUGUAUUAAAUAGUGCUGGUGGUAUCAAGAGAAAAUGUGUUCCACCACAACUUCCACCAGUUACCGAUGCUGAGUCAAAACAAAAAGCUGAUCAAAUCUACAGUAGCUAUGAAAUUGGUGUACUCCUCAACUCUAUUAACGAUACUAUGAUUCCAAAAUUAGUUGCCGACGAUAUUCCAUUAAUUCAAUCAUUAUUAUUAGAUGUAUUCCCAGGUUCACAAUUGCAACCAAUUGCUAUGGACACUCUUCGUGAAAAGAUCCAAGAGAUUGCCAAACAAAGAUAUCUCGUUUCAAAAGCAGAAUGGGUCGAAAAGAUUUUACAACUUCAUCAAAUUUUAAGUAUCAAUCACGGUGUUAUGAUGGUAGGUCCAAGUGGUGCAGGUAAAACAGCCGCAUGGGAGGUUUAUUUAGAAGCCGUCGAAGCCGUUGACAACAUUAAAUCCGAAGCUCAUGUUAUGGAUCCAAAAGCCAUCACUAAAGAUCAAUUAUUUGGUUCAUUAGAUUUAACCACUCGUGAAUGGACUGAUGGUCUUUUCACUGCUACUCUUCGUCGUAUCAUCGAUAAUGUUCGUGGUGAAUCAACUAAACGUCAUUGGAUUAUUUUCGAUGGUGAUGUUGAUCCAGAAUGGGUAGAAAAUUUAAAUUCACUUUUAGAUGAUAAUAAACUUUUAACUCUUCCAAAUGGUGAACGUUUAGCUCUUCCAAAUAAUGUUAGAAUUAUGUUCGAAGUACAAGAUCUUAAAUAUGCCACCUUAGCUACUAUUUCUCGUUGUGGUAUGGUUUGGUUCUCUGAAGAAAUCUUAACAACUCAAAUGAUCUUCCAAAACUAUCUUGACACACUUUCUCACGAACCAUUUGAUCAACAAGAAAAAGAACAACAAAAGAGAAACGAAAACGCUCAAUUACAACAACAAACUUCAAGUGUCACUUCACCAACCAUUACCUCACCAACUGCCACCCCAUCCACUAGCUCUGCAAGAACUACCGUCAUUACUCCAGGUCUCAAAGUUCAAAAAGAAUGCGCUGCAAUUAUUACUCCAUACUUUGAAGCAGGUGGUUUAGUACAAAAAGUACUCGAAGAUGCUGGCCAAAGAGUUCAUAUUAUGGAUUUCACAAGACUUCGUGCAUUAAAUUCAUUCUUUUCAAUUAUCAAUCGUUCAAUUAGUAACAUUAUUGAAUACAACCAAUUACAUUCAGAUUUCCCAAUGAGCAGUGAAAACUUAACCAAUUAUAUUACCAACCGUUUACUUUAUUCAUUAAUGUGGGGUUUCGGUGGUUCAAUGGGUCUUUCAGAAAGAGAAAACUUUUCUAAAUUCAUUCAAUCAAUUUCAAUUACACCAGUUCCACCACCAACUAUUCCAUUAUUAGAUUAUUCUGUAUCAUUAGAAGAUGCCAACUGGUCAUUAUGGAAGAAUAAAGUUCCAUCAGUUGAAGUUGAAACUCAUAAAGUUGCUUCACCAGAUGUCGUUAUUCCAACUGUUGAUACCACACGUCACGUUGAUGUUCUCCAUGCUUGGUUAUCCGAACAUCGUCCAUUAAUUUUAUGUGGUCCACCAGGUUCCGGUAAAACUAUGACAUUAACUUCAACUCUUCGUGCCUUCCCAGACUAUGAAGUUGUUUCACUCAAUUUCAGUAGUGCCACUACACCAGAACUUUUAUUAAAGACAUUCGAUCACCACUGUGAAUAUAAACGUACUCCAUCAGGUGAAACUGUAUUACGUCCAACUCAACUUGGUAAAUGGUUAGUAGUAUUCUGUGAUGAAAUCAAUCUUCCAUCCAACGACAAAUAUGGCACCCAAAGAGUCAUUACAUUUAUCCGUCAACUUGUUGAAAAAGGUGGUUUCUGGAGAACUAGCGAUCACACUUGGAUCAAAUUAGAAAAGAUUCAAUUUGUAGGUGCUUGUAAUCCACCAACUGAUGCUGGUCGUGUUCAACUUACUCACCGUUUCCUUCGUCAUGCUCCAAUCCUUUUAGUCGAUUUCCCAUCAACCUCUUCAUUAACUCAAAUUUAUGGUACUUUCAACAGAGCUCUUAUGAAAUUAUUACCAAAUCUUCGUUCAUUUGCCGAUAAUCUUACCGAUGCAAUGGUUGAAUUUUAUAGCGAAUCCCAAAAACGUUUCACUCCAGAUAUUCAAGCUCAUUAUAUUUAUUCACCACGUGAACUUUCACGUUGGGAUCGUGCUCUUUUAGAAGCUAUUCAAACUAUGGAAGGUUGCACAUUAGAUGGUUUAGUACGUUUAUGGGCUCAUGAAGGUCUUCGUUUAUUCCAAGAUCGUUUAGUUGAAGCCGAUGAAAAAGAAUGGACUGACAAGAAAAUUGAUGAAGUUGCUCUUAAACACUUCCCAUCAGUUAAUUUAGAUGCAUUAAAACGUCCAAUUCUUUAUAGUAAUUGGUUAACAAAAGAUUACCAACCAGUCGAACGUAAUGAACUUCGUGAAUAUGUUAAGGCUAGAUUAAAGGUAUUCUAUGAAGAAGAACUUGAUGUUCCAUUAGUACUUUUCAACGAAGUAUUAGAUCAUAUUCUUCGUAUUGAUCGUGUUUUCCGUCAACCACAAGGUCAUGCAUUAUUAAUUGGUGUUUCAGGUGGUGGUAAAUCAGUAUUGUCACGUUUCGUUGCUUGGAUGAAUGGUCUUUCAAUUUAUACCAUUAAAGUAAAUAACAAUUAUAAAUCAACUGAUUUCGAUGACGAUCUUCGUAUGUUAUUAAAACGUGCUGGUUGUAAAGAAGAAAAACUCUGUUUCAUUUUCGAUGAAUCCAAUGUUUUAGAAUCAUCUUUCCUCGAACGUAUGAAUACUCUUUUAGCUAGUGGUGAAGUUCCAGGUCUUUUCGAAGGUGAAGAAUACACUGCUUUAAUGCAUGGUAUCAAAGAAACUGCCCAAAGAAAUAGUUUAAUUAUGGAUACCGAAGAAGAACUUUAUCGUUACUUUACUGGUUUAGUCAGAAGAAAUCUUCAUGUUGUUUUCACAAUGAAUCCAUCUUCACCAGAUUUCCACAAUCGUUCAGCCACCUCACCAGCUCUUUUCAAUCGUUGCGUUUUAGAUUGGUUUGGUGAAUGGUCACCAGAAGCUCUUUUCCAAGUUGGUUCAGAAUUUACUAGAAAUCUUGAUUUAGAAAACCCACAAUACAUGGCACCAGGUGUAUUCAUCGAAGAAGCUGAUCAUAUGGGUAAUCAAUUAAUGUCAAUGCCACCAUCACACAGAGAUGCCGUUGUUAGUUCAUUAGUUUACAUUCAUCAAACUAUUGGUGAAGCUAAUGUUCGUUUAUUAAAACGUCAAGGUCGUCAAAAUUAUGUCACUCCACGUCAUUAUUUAGAUUUCAUUAAUCAAGUAGUAUUAUUAAUCAAUGAAAAGAGAGAUCAAUUAGAGGAAGACCAAUUACAUUUAAAUAUUGGUCUCAAGAAACUUCGUGACACCGAACAACAAGUUCAAUCCCUUCAAGUUAGUCUUUCACAAAAGAAUCGUGAAUUAGAAAUUAAGAAUGAUCAAGCCAAUAAGAAAUUAGCUCAAAUGGUACAAGAUCAACAAAUUGCAGAACAAAAACAAAAAGAAGCCCUUGAAUUACAAAAGAUUCUUGAUGUUAGAAAUAAAGAAAUUGAAGUUCAAAAAGCUAAGGCAUACUCAGAUCUUGAAAAAGCUGAACCAGCAAUUCUCGAAGCCCAAGAAGCUGUAUCUACAAUUAAAAAGAAACAUUUAGAUGAAAUUAAAGCACUUCCAAAUCCACCAGCUUCAGUUAAAUUAGCCAUGGAAUCAGUUUGUCUUAUGUUAACUGGAAGAAAAUUAGAAUGGGCUGAAAUUAGAAAGAAAAUUAUGGAAACUACAUUCAUCACUUCAAUUGUUAAUUAUGAUACCAAAAAGAAUUUAACCAGUAAAACAAGAGAAGCCAUUAUGAAAGGUUAUCUUAACGACCCAGACUUUGAAUAUGAAAAAGUUAAUCGUGCUUCAAAAGCUUGUGGUCCAUUAGUUAAAUGGGUUCAAGCUCAAACCUUCUAUUCAGAUAUCUUAGAUCGUAUUAAACCAUUAAGAGAAGAAGUCGAGAAAUUAGAAAGCGCAGCCGUCGAAUUAAAGACCAAACAAGAUGAGGUUGUCUCCUCCAUUCAAGAUUUAGAAAAAUCAAUUGCCACCUACAAGGAUGAAUAUGCCACUUUAAUUCGUGAUACCGAAUUAAUCAAAACAGAAAUGAACAAAGUUAAGAAUAAGGUUGAACGUUCUAUUGCUCUCUUAGAUAACCUUAACAGUGAACGUGGUAGAUGGGAACAACAAAGUGAAAACUUUAAUGUUCAAAUGUCAACUGUUGUUGGUGAUGUUUUAUUAUCAUCAGCUUUCCUUGCCUAUAUUGGUUUCUUUGACCAAACCUUCCGUCAAGAUCUCUUAAAGAAAUGGAUGGUUCGUUUAGAAACUGUUGGUAUUAAAUUCAAACCAGAUCUUUCAAUCCCAGAUUUCUUAUCAAGACCAGAAGAACGUCUCGGAUGGCACGCAAACUCAUUACCAUCUGACGAAUUAUGUGUUGAAAAUGCUAUUAUGCUCAAGAGAUUUAAUAGAUAUCCAUUGGUUAUCGAUCCAUCAGGUCAAGCCAUGGAAUUCCUCAUGAACCAAUAUGCCGAUAAAAAGAUUACCAAAACAUCUUUCUUGGAUUCAUCAUUUAUGAAGAAUUUAGAAUCAUCACUUAGAUUUGGUAACCCACUUUUAGUUCAAGAUGUCGAAAAUAUCGAUCCAGUAUUAAAUCCAGUAUUAAAUAAAGAAAUUAGAAAGAAGGGUGGUCGUGUUUUAAUUCGUUUAGGUGAUCAAGAUGUCGAUUUCUCACCAUCAUUCAUGAUUUUCUUAUUUACUCGUGAUCCAACCGCUCACUUUACACCAGAUCUUUGCUCUCGUGUUACCUUUGUCAAUUUCACUGUUACUCCAUCAUCACUUCAAAGUCAAUGUCUUCACGAAGCCCUCAAGACUGAACGUCCAGAAGUACACAAAAAACGUUCUGAUCUCCUCAAAGUUCAAGGUGAGUUCCAAGUUAAACUUAGAACUCUCGAAAAAUCACUUCUUGAUGCUCUUAACCAAGCAUCAGGUAAUAUUUUAGAUGAUGAUUCAGUUAUCGCUACUCUCGAAACCCUCAAGAAAGAAACUGCUGAAGUAGCUUUAAAAGUUGCCGAAACCGAAACCAUUAUGCAAGAAAUUAGUGAAGUUUCAGCUCUCUACAAUCCAAUGUCUUUAGCUUGUUCACGUGUUUACUUUGCCAUGGAAGAAUUAUCACAAUUCCAUCUCUACCAAUUCUCAUUACGUUCAUUUUUAGAUAUUUUCCAUAACCUCCUCAAUAAUAAUCCAAAUCUUGCUGACAAGAAAGAUCCAAGUGAAAGAUUGGUUUACUUAAGCAAAGAUAUCUUUAGUAUGGCAUUCAAUCGUGUAUCAAGAACCCUCUUAAAUGAUGAUAAAUUAACAUUUGCAAUUCAACUUGCCAUCAUUGCUACUAAGGGUGGUGCUGAUGAAAUCGAUGAAAAUGAAUACGACUUUUUCUUAAAAGGUGGUGAUAAUCUCAGCUCAAUUAAAGAUACCUUACCACAAUUAGAUUCAAUCCUCAAUCAAAAUCAACAAAAAUGGUUAGUUUGUCUCAAAUCACAAGUUCCAUCCUUCUCUAAAUUAACUGAUCACAUUCAACAACACUCUGGUGAAUGGAAACAAUUCUUUGAUCCAUCAGUUACCGAUCCACAAAUCCCAGAAUCAUGGACCCAAACCCAAUGUGAAGUUACCAAUACUCGUUCAAAUACCGUUACCAACUUUAGAAAUAUUCUUUUAAUGAAAGCAUUCCAUAGUGAUAAAGUUUUAUUAUUCGCCAAUCAUUUUGUAACAUCAGUAUUUGGUGAACACUUCUUAAGUGUAAAUCAAGAUCUCGAUAUGGCUCAAAUCGUCGAAAAAGAAGUUAAAGCCUCAUCACCACUUUUACUUUGUUCAGUACCAGGUUACGAUGCUUCAAGCAAAGUUGAUGAUUUAGCUGUUCAAUUACGUAAACAAUAUAAAGCAUUUGCUAUUGGUUCCCCAGAAGGUUUUGAAUUAGCUGAAAAAUCAAUUUAUGCCGCAGCCAAAGCAGGUACAUGGGUAUUAUUAAAGAAUAUUCAUUUAGCUCCACAAUGGUUAAUUCAAUUAGAAAAGAAACUUCACUCUCUUUCACCACAUCCAAACUAUCGUUUAUUCAUGACAUCUGAAAUUCAUCCAGCUCUUCCAGCCAAUCUUUUAAGAAUGUCAAAUGUAUUCUCUUAUGAAAAUCCACCAGGUGUUAAAGCUAAUCUUUUACAUACAUUCAAUGGUAUUCCAGCUACCCGUAUGGAUAGACAACCAGUUGAACGUUCACGUAUCUAUUUCUUAUUAGCUUGGUUCCAUGCCAUCAUCCAAGAAAGACUUCGUUAUAUCCCAUUAGGUUGGACUAAAUUCUUUGAAUUUAAUGAUGCCGAUUUAAGAGGUGCUUUGGAUUCAAUUGAUUAUUGGAUUGAUCUUUACAGUAAAGGAAGAACCAAUAUCGAUCCAGAUAAAAUCCCAUGGGUUGCUGUUAGAACUAUUUUAGGUUCAACUAUUUAUGGUGGUAGAAUUGAUAAUGAAUUUGAUAUGCGUCUCUUAAAUUCAUUCCUCGAACAACUUUUCACACCAAGCGCAUUCAAUCAAGAUUUCCCAUUAGUUCCAUCAAUUGGUUUAUCAGUUCCAGAAGGUACCACCAGAGCUCACUUUAUGAAAUGGAUCGAAUCUCUUCCAGAUGUUUCAACUCCAAUUUGGUUAGGUUUACCAGAAAAUGCAGAAUCACUUUUACUCUCAAAUAAAGCCAGAAAGAUGAUCAACGAUCUUCAAAAGAUGCAAUCCUCAAUGGAAGAUGAUUCUGAUGAAAGUGAUGAUAAAUCUAAACAAACCGAAGAUAAACCAAAAGCUAAAUUAAGAGCCACCAUCACCGAAUGGAGCAAACAUUUACCAAAACCAUUGAAACAAUUAAAGAGAACUGCUCAAAACAUUAAAGAUCCAUUAUUCCGUUGUUUCGAAAGAGAAAUUUCUACUGGUGCUAAAUUAAUUAAAAAGAUUACCAACGACUUUGCUGAAAUUUUAGAAUUACUCUCCGGUAAUAUCAAAUCCACCAAUUACCUUCGUUCACUUGUCAAUAGUAUCACCAAAGGUAUUGUUCCAAAAGAAUGGAGAUGGUAUUCAGUCCCAGAUUCAAUUAGUUUAUCACUUUGGAUGUCUGAUUUCUUCAAGAGAAUGCAACAAUUACACCAAAUCUCUGAAUCAAAUGACUUUAAAUCCAUUCAAGUUUGGUUAGGUGGUCUCUUAAAUCCAGAAGCCUAUAUCACUGCUACCCGUCAAUCUGCAAGUCAACAAAAUGGUUGGUCAUUAGAAAAUCUUAGAUUACACGCCUCAUCAAUCGGUAAAACUGUUGAAAGUGGUGGUUUCAAUGUUAAAGGUCUUGUAUUAGAAGGUGCUGUUUGGGAAAGCGAUGUAUUAACUCCAACAAAUACUCUUUCAACUCCAAUUUCAAUCGCUACUCUCACUUGGAAAGAUAAAGAUGAUCCAGUCUUUGAAAACCCCUCAUCAAAACUUUCAGUACCAGUAUACCUCAAUGAAACUAGAACUGAAUUAUUAUUCUCUAUUGAUUUACCAUAUUCUCAAUCAAACACUAAACAAUCUUGGUAUCAAAGAGCGGUUCAAUUAGCUCAUGAAUCGAUUUCUAAAUUAACAAACAAAAAAAAAAUUAAUUAUAUAAAAAUUCUAAAUAAAUAA